AUGCGCACCCGAAGGAAGAAUAAAGAGACGCGCUUCACCUACGGCGCAGAUGUCUAUGGUCUCAGCUCAGAUGAGGAGUCGGACGACCCUGCAGCACGGCGGGCAUCGCGCCAGGACAAAGACGAUGUCAAUUUCGAUGAGGUGAACGCCUCAGCAAGUGGCACCAAGGACGCCAAUGGCAAUGACAAUCUCGUUGAAGCCGAAACGGAGAUAGACGAUGACUUCGAUGACGAGGUCAGUGAGGCUGAAAUCUCCGACGACGAUGAUAAUGAGGCCAUCGCCGUUGACUCUGAGAUUGGACGUGGACGCGCAGCGCCGAAAAGAAUAAGACCGAAGAAGCAGAAGCCCAAGCCAUCCGGGCAUGUCCAUGAGGUCCCCGCCUAUCCUACUGAUAUCCGGCAGACUCGAAUCUAUGUUGGACCGUUGAAACGAUGGACGAGGCACCACCAGCUUGCAGAUCUCUACUAUAGCACCGGCCAGAAGCAUCUGAGCAUAGCACUCCAGUUGCUGGCGUCGAUUCCCAACGAGGCGUUUUGA